UGAUUCAUGUUAGGAUAAAUCCAACGGUCUUUAACCGUUCACCUACAAAAGAAAAAAGAAAAAGAAAGAGAAAAACUGUCUUCUCAUUCAUUCGCUAUCGGAAUAGGUGGGAAGCAAAGUCAGGGUUUGUCAAACCCAGCGACCCACGAACAUGGAGUACCACAACAGACUCGUUCUCGCUCCAAUGGUUCGCGUUGGCACUCUCCCAUUGAGAUUACUAGCUGCUCAAUAUGGUGCCGAUAUCACUUACGGUGAGGAAAUCAUUGACCAUAAGAUGCUCAAGUGCUACCGCCGAAUCAACGAGCUUAUUGGAUCCACUGAUUUUGUGGAGAAGGGGACAGAAAGUGUUGUGUUUAGAACCUGCGAUGAGGAAAAAGAUAGGGUUGUAUUUCAAAUUGGCACAUCGGAUGCUGUCAGGGCCCUAGCUGCUGCUCAGUUGGUGUGUAAUGAUGUUGCUGCAAUAGAUAUUAACAUGGGUUGCCCGAAGUCAUUUUCUGUGAGCGGUGGGAUGGGUUCUGCUCUAUUGUCCAAACCUGAUCUUAUUCAUGAUAUCUUAACAACAUUAAGGAGGAAUUUGAACACACCAGUAACAUGUAAGAUUCGACUUCUAAAAUCACCACAUGAUACAGUGGAAUUAGCCAGAAGAAUUGAGAAAACUGGUGUUUCUGCUCUUGCAGUCCAUGGAAGAAAAGUCCCAGAUAGGCCCAGAGAUCCUGCUAAGUGGAAUGAAAUCGCUGAUGUUGUGUCAGCAUUAUCUAUUCCAGUUAUAGCAAAUGGCGAUGUUUUUGAGUAUGAUGAUUUUGAACGCAUUAAAUCUGCUACAGGUGCCUCAUCAGUGAUGGUUGCCAGAGGGGCACUCUGGAAUGCUUCAAUAUUUUCACCUGAAGGCAAAGUUCCUUACGAAGCUGUGAAAAGAGAAUAUAUUAGGAAGUGCAUCUUGUGGGAUAAUGAUUUGAAAAGCACCAAACAGACAAUAAAGGAAAUGAUAAUGCAUUAUUCUUGCCUAGAACUGCCUGAAGGGAAGGCUGUGAACAAAUCAGAGUCAAUGGCUGAUCUAGCGGAACUCUAUGGACAGAAAGAAUACUAUCAGUUAGUAAAACAAGGUUUAUUUGAUGCAUAUAGAUGAUGCCUUUUAGAGCAUAAAUUUCAGAGAGAGGACAUGGAUUCCCUGCUUUAAGAUUUGGGAAGCUCCGAGCUUAGUAAGGCACAUAGCAAAAACCUUACACAGACAUAGAUCAACAAUUGAAUAUUAUUGAAUUCUAACUCAAGUCACAUUUUUGUCAUCGAUGAAGAUAACGGAGAGCUAUUUCUUACAAGUAUGGAUUUAGAUGGUGUAGACUUUAUUCAUGACUUGUAAUUUUUUAUUCAUGGAAAUGUAAUAUUUAUUGUAGAUGAUUUUUUCUAGGUAAAAUAUGAAAAAAAAUAUGAUUGACUAGUUCUAUAUUCAACUUUAGAUCACCUCCAUAUAUAUUAAAUAUGAAUUUUUAUGUUGUGUUAGUA